UGGGGAGUUGUCUUGCUUUUGCGUUCGCGUUCGCUUCUGCUUUUUUGGUUUUGGUUUUUGCAGAGGAAAAAGACGAUGACGCACCCGCAAACCGCCAUACUUCCGCUUGCUUAAGCGUCGAAAACAUGGCAGAUGUGCUGAAACAGGUGGAGCCUCCACCGCCACCCACUCUCCUCCUAUACACAUACAUAUACUUCUAUAUAUACACAUAUAUGCGAGUGUGUGUUUGCGCCCAUUUGAUUCGGUAAUUACAAUAUAUCUGAGUCGACCAUCAAUGGCAGGAGUCGCCGGAAAGAGUGCAGCGGUGUCGGUGGAGGGAGAGUGGGCCGCCGGCGACUCGGUCCAGAUGCAAGGGAGUGGCGGGGGGUGCAGUCAGAAGCCCAUUCGCCGGAGGGGCAGGCCCAGGCGUAACAGCAGGUCCAGGUCCACCAAUGCCACCUCCGCCGUCGAUUCCUCUGGCAUUACGACUGAAGCUGUGCAAUUUCGCCCCCCACGCGAAAUUAAUCAUCAAAUGUUAAGGUUCCUCUUCCACAAGGAGUUAAAAGGCAGUGACGUGGGUGUAACGGCUAGAAUCGUAAUUCCAAAGAAGGCCGCAGAGUUGCAUCUUCCCCCACUGCACUCUAAAGAAGGGUUUUUCCUGAAUAUGGAUGAUAUGGAUUGCGUGCAAGUGUGGAGCUUCAGGUUCAGAUAUUGGCCUAAUAAUCAUAGUCGAAUGUAUGUAUUAGAGAAUACUGGGAGUUUCAUCAAGGCACACAAUUUAAACAUUGGGGACUUUAUCAUGUUGUACAAAGAUGAGAAGAAUGAAAAAUACGUGAUUCAAGCAUGGAAGACAUUCAAUCCUGAGAUAUACUUGCCAUGUACAAUGAUCAACGACAACUUGGUUUCGCUUCCGGAACUCGACCGUGAGGAAAAUUAUCAGACAAACCAAUCAAAUUCCUCAUCACUGCUGAGCCAAAACUAUGCCAACGACUCAAAUUUCGCCCCAGGUGCGAUGCAAAUGAAUGAUGCACCAACAGAAGCGUGCACCUCAACCUCCUACCUCCACCACAACUAUCCCAUCCUGUGCGACUUUCCUAUGCAGCUCGCUUGCGAGUCCCUGCCUGACUUCCCCAAACUCGAUGAAUUCCCACCGCUUGAUUUCUCUAUUGAUUUUGAUCUAGAUUUCCCGUGAUGACGGUCCAUCACCGUCCAUGUUCAUCCCAUGCCCGCUUUCUCGGUCCUCCAUGUGCGCGUGCACGUGAUACUUAAAUAAUGCCCCACUUAGCAUCCUUCUCUCUGUUUCUUUUUAAUAGUUUGGAAUAAGGGCUCCUUUUAUCAAUAGCCUAAGUCUGUACUCUCAGGCCUCGACUGUAAUAAAACAAAUAAUGGCCCCUUAGCUCUUUUAUCUUUUUAACAAUUUGAAAUAAGAGCUCAUUUUAUUGAUAACCCAAGUUUGUACUCUCGAGUUUCAAUAGUAAUAAAAGAAACCGGUGGAUAGCAAUACAA